AUGCGGCACGCUGGGAGGGAACCGAUCGCCGAUCUUGGGAGUCCCCGACUUACAGGCCCCAGAAACGCCGCUCGUGGCGUCAGCAAAGGGCUUCUCGGUGGCGCUUGGGAGCCACGCGCAGGAACUUUGAGAACUUUCAGCCCGUUUUAUGCAGCCGAGGUUCUCGUGGCAUUGGAAUACCUCCACAUGCUCGGAAUAAUCUAUCGGGACCUAAAGCCUGAGAACAUUUUAGUCAGAUCCGAUGGUCACAUCAUGCUCUUCGACUUUGACCUUUCUCUCUGCUCCGAUGCGAUCGCAGCCAUCGAAUCCCCAUCUUCCUCCCCGGCUCCAUUGACCCCACGAACACCGUCAUACAACCGCGCCGUGCACACCACCUUCUCCUGCUUCCCCAACAGGCUGUUUCGGUCACGCAAGGUGGAAACCCUAACCUCCAACUGGCUUUUUGUGGUUGAGCCGGUAAACGUCCAGUCGUGCUCAUUCGUUGGAACUCACGAAUACGUGGCACCAGAGGUCGCGUUCAGUGGAUCGCAUGGGAACGCUGUUGAUUGGUGGGCAUUCAGGAUCUUCAUCUACGAGAUGAUAUACAGCCGCACGCCUUUUGCAACUCCAUCGAACGAGGCCACCCUGCGCAGCAUCAUAAAAGAGCCCCUCAGCUUCCCGACCUCCACGCCCUCCGGCACGCUUGAGCUCCACGCGCGGGACCUCAUAUCUAGGUUGCUGAACAAAGACCUGGUUCAACGCCUAGGAUUGAAGUGCGGAGCCGCCGAUGUGAAAAAACACCCUUUCUUCAAGAAUCUAAACUUCGCUCUUAUACGGUCUCUCCCACCACCAGAGAUCCCGCAACUGAGAAGGAUGAAAACAACGCCGUUGUGUCGCGCGAGGAGCAAUGCAACACAAUCCACGGCGAGGCCGUGCGUUGAGGUGGCUGUGGGAUGGAGACUCACGGUGGUUCCAUCAUGGCUUCACUGUUGGGUGGAGGUUGUUGUGCAUGGCAUGAAGUCCUUGAUGCAGUGA